AUGAGGAAAAUAACGAGAAAUAUAACGAGAAAAAUAACAAGAAAUUUAGAGAGAAAAAUAACAAGAAAUUUAGCGAGAAAAAUAACGAGAAAUACUGUAAGAAAUAUAGCGAGAAAUACUGCAAGAAAUAUAGCGAGAAAUACUGCAAGAAAUAUAGUGAGAAAAAUAAUGAGAAAAAAAAAAAAAUUGCUCUUAUUAUCAUUUCUUCUAUCAGCAUUUUCAUUCUUGCGUAAAAAGUCCGCAUGCUUUAAACGUAACAAUAUCAUUAAGUUGAAAAAUAUUUCUACAGUAAACCACAAGAAAAAUAUUUAUAAAAAUAAGAAAAAAUAUUUCAUCCUAUACAGUCAUGGAAAGGAAUUUUUUGAAAGAGUGAAAAAGCUAAACGUCUUGUCAGAUGUUUUGAAUAUUGAUGCGUAUCCCACAUCUUAUAUAAAAAGAACCAUAAAAAUUAAUGAUUUAAAAAAUAAAUACGAAUUUCUAAAAGACGGUGAAAGGAAAACCGACGAAACGUAUGUUGUUUAUGGUCGAGUUAUAGUAAAACGAAAUAAUGGCAUGUUUCUGAAUAUACAAGAUGACACAGGUAACGUGCAAAUAUAUCUAGAUGAAAAUAUUUUAAUUCACAAAAAAAUUUCUGAGAAGGAUAAUGCAUAUACGGUUAGAAGUGUAACGUCUAGUAUGGAUGUACAUUAUUCGAACAAUCUUUUUGGAGAAAAUUCCAUUCAUUUAUCCAAUGAAAUAGGAAAUGGUACUGUCCAGAAGGACGAUACCAAUUUGUGUAACCAAAAGGAUCAAUAUAAAAAUAUAAACGGAAUAAGUGCACGGAAAAUAAUAGAUGUAGGAGAUUUUAUAGCUGUAAAAGGUUUUAUGAGAAAAUCAUUAAGAGGAGAAAUUACACUACAUACAAAAGAAAUAUAUGUACUAACAAAAUCUCUUUUACCCCUACCAGACAAACAUAAAGGUAUGAAAGAUGUUGAAUAUAAAUAUAGAAAAAGAUAUCUUGAUUUUUUAACUAAUAAAGAACAAAAAGAGAAAAUUAUAACAAGAUUUAAGUUAAUUCAAGAAAUAAGAAAAAUUUUAUUAAAAAAAAAAUAUAUAGAAGUAGAUACACCCAUAUUACAAUUAUUACCUGGUGGUGCUACGGCCAAAGCAUUUGAAACAUUUUUAAAAUCUUUAAAUUUAGUUUUGUAUUUAAGAAUUGCUCCUGAAUUGUAUUUAAAGAAAUUAAUUAUAAGUGGAAUAUCAGAAAAAAUUUUUGAAUUAAGUAAGUGUUUUCGUAAUGAGGGCUUAAGUACUAUUCAUAACCCCGAGUUUACUUUACUUGAAAUUUAUAAGUCGUAUUCCAAUUAUAAAUAUAUGAUAAAAUUUGCUGAAAAUUUAAUAAAAUCACUUGCAAAGAAAUUUCCUUCUAAUCCACGUUAUAAUAUAAUACAGCAAAAAAAAAAAUGGAAAAAAAUUUCCUUUAUUAAAAUAAUAAAAGAUUACACAUCUAUAAAUUUUUUGAAUUUAUCUUUUGAUGAAGCUUAUAAUGAAGCUAGGAAAUUAAAUAUAACCUUUGAUCAAACGAAAGAUCAUUUAAAUUGGGGAUUAGUUGUUGAAGAAGUUUUUAAAAAAAAAGUGGAACCAUACUUAAAUAAUCAGCCUGUGCAUAUAUUUCAUUUACCAUCAGAUACUUCUCCAUUAUCUAAAACAUUAAACAAAAAUAAAAAAUUAUCUGAAAGAUUUGAAACAUAUAUAGGAAAAAUGGAAAUAGCUAAUGGAUAUUCAGAGGAAGCAAAUGCAUUAGUACAGGAAAAAAAAUUCUUCUCUCAAUAUUUAUUAAAGUAUAAAAUUAAUAAAGAAAACAUAAAUUCAAUUGAAUAUUUAAGUAAUGAGAAAAAUGUAAAUCAAAGCAACAAGGUCAGUCUUUCUCCUAAACACUUGACAAAUGAUAAGGACACUAUUAAUUUAUCCAAACAGAAUUUGGACAAUGAACAUCAUGAAAUUGAUUACGAUUAUGUAACAGCAUUGGCGCACGGCUUACCGCCAACUGGUGGAUUAGGAAUAGGAGUUGAUCGGUUAUGCAUGUUGUUCACCGAUUCAGUUUCCAUCAAAAAUGUGUUGUCAUUUCCAAUUAUAAAGCCAAAUUAA